UCCUCACAGUCACAGAUUCUCAAACACCGCCGACACUCAAAACUCUAACCUGCUAACCAGCUUAGCUGCGGAAUGCCACCACUCAAAAUGGGCGGCAUCAAAAACAAGACAAAGCUACUCCAGCUCACUUUCGCCGCUCUGCUGGCACUUCUUGUUCUGCUGGCCCUCUUCUCCCUGGUCACAAACACCAACGCAGUGCUACAACAUCCAUCACCAUCACAUACUACUACUACUACUACUACUAGCACCACCACCAGCAGUAAAAGUAGUAUUCACGUCCACCAACACCUUCAAAUUGCUCACUCAACAUGCCAGGACACCUUCUACCCAGACCUCUGCGUCUCCACGCUGGCCACAUUCCCGGAUCUUCGCCAGAGGACGCUCCCGGAGAUCAUUUCAGGCAUGGUUAACUCCACCGUGUUCGAGGUCAGGGACUCCAAACAAAAUUGCACCCGCAUUCGCAGAAAGUUACAGAAUCUGGACCCGCUGGACCGUCGAGCUCUGGAAGACUGCCUGCAGCUCCUGGACGACACCGUGGCUCAGCUGAAGGCCGCCAUCUCCGAUCUUUCCUCCAACAAAUCUGCUCUCCAGCACUACAUGGACCUGCAGACGCUCUUCAGCGCCGCAAUGACCAAUCAGGACACAUGUCUAGAUGGUUUCGCUUUCUCGAGGAGGAAGUACAUCAGGGAGUUCAUCGAGGGAAGGCUUCGCAAGAUUUCCCACCACGUCAGCAAUUCGCUAGCCAUGCUUAAGAGAGUCAAGAAGCAGCAAGCAGCGGCAGGUGCAGUGUUCCAGGAGGAGGAGGGAGAGUUUGGGACGCCGGUGAAGAGUGGAGCUGGGUUCCCGACUUGGUUGAAGAAGAAGGACAGGGCAUUGCUACAGGCGCCCCUGAACCAAACUAAAGUCAAUCUGACAGUGGCCAAGGACGGCAGCGGCAACUUCACCACUAUCAAUGACGCGUUACAGGCGGCUCCAAACUCUAGCACCACCAGAUUCGUGAUUUACAUAAAGGCCGGGGCCUACUACGAGUACAUUGAGGUGGAAAGCAGGAAGAAAAUGAUCAUGUUUUUGGGAGACGGCAUCGGAAAGACAGUGAUAAAGGGCAACCGGAGCGUGGGGGCAGGAUGGACUACGUUCCGCUCUUCCACAGUCGCUGUGGUGGGAGAUGGAUUCAUUGCCAGAGGGAUCACCGUUGAAAACUACGCUGGACCUAGCCAACACCAAGCAGUGGCCCUGAGGAGUGGCUCAGAUCUCUCAGCAUUCUACCAAUGCAGCUUCAUCGGCUACCAGGACACGCUCUACGUGCAUUCCCUUCGACAAUUUUAUAGGGAAUGCGAUGUGUAUGGUACAGUCGACUUCAUCUUCGGGAAUGCCGCUGUUGUAUUCCAACUUUGCAACCUUUAUGCCCGGAGACCAAACCCAAACCAGCAAAACUUAUUCACUGCCCAAGGAAGAGAGGAUCCUAACCAAAAUACUGGGAUUUCGAUCUUGAACUGCAAAGUUGCUGCAGCAGCAGAUUUGCUUCCCGUCCUAUCCUCAUUUAGAAGCUAUCUUGGUCGUCCGUGGAGAGAAUAUUCAAGAACUGUUUACCUUCUGUCAAACAUGGAAAGCUUGAUAGACCCUGCUGGAUGGUUGCCGUGGAACGGUAGUUUUGCAUUGUCAACCCUUUUCUAUGGGGAGUAUAAGAAUAGAGGACCCGGUUCAAACACCACUGCCAGAGUAAAAUGGCCUGGUUACAGGGUCAUCACCAAUACCACCGUUGCCAGUCAGUUUACGGUCGGAAAUUUCAUCCAGGGAACUGCAUGGCUGCCUAAUACUGGAAUCCCAUUUUAUCCCAAUUUGACACCCUCCUGAAUUGGUUGUCAUUGUAAUACUCUCCAGUUAGAUUCUUCAGCUAGCUAGGGUCCCCUCACCUCCCCUCCCCCCCCCCCCCCCCCCCCCCCACAAAACAACCCUUCACCAUUCUAGGCAUGCAGUUCUGGAGAAAUUGAUCCUAUUGUUUUAGUAAACUGGGGAAUCAAUAAGUGAGAACGUAUGCUCACAUAAUCGGUUU